AUGCCUGAAGCAAACUAUUUACUGUCAGUGUCUUGGGGCUACAUAAAGUUUAAAAGGAUGCUUAAUCGGGAGCUCACCCAUCUCUCUGAAAUGAGUCGGUCUGGAAAUCAAGUGUCAGAGUAUAUAUCAAACACAUUCUUAGAUAAGCAACAUGAAGUGGAAAUUCCUUCUCCAACUCAGAAGGAAAAGGAGAAAAAGAAAAGGCCAAUGUCUCAGAUCAGCGGGGUCAAGAAGUUGAUGCACAGCUCCAGUUUGACAAAUUCAAGCAUCCCGAGAUUUGGGGUUAAAACUGAACAAGAAGAUGUCCUUGCCAAGGAACUAGAAGAUGUAAACAAAUGGGGCCUUCAUGUUUUCAGAAUAGCAGAGCUGUCUGGUAACCGGCCUUUGACUGUUAUCAUGCAUACUAUUUUUCAGGAACGGGAUUUAUUAAAAACAUUUAAAAUUCCAGUAGACACUUUGAUUACAUACCUUAUGACCCUGGAAGACCAUUACCAUGCUGAUGUGGCCUACCACAACAAUAUUCAUGCUGCAGAUGUGGUCCAGUCAACACAUGUGCUGUUAUCUACACCUGCUUUGGAGGCCGUGUUUACAGAUUUGGAGAUUCUUGCAGCAAUUUUUGCCAGUGCAAUACAUGAUGUAGAUCAUCCGGGUGUGUCAAAUCAGUUUCUGAUCAAUACAAACUCUGAACUUGCCUUGAUGUACAAUGAUUCUUCUGUCUUGGAGAACCAUCAUCUGGCUGUGGGCUUUAAGUUGCUUCAGGAAGAAAACUGUGACAUUUUCCAGAAUCUGACCAAAAAGCAAAGACAAUCAUUAAGGAAGAUGGUCAUUGACAUUGUACUUGCAACAGACAUGUCAAAACACAUGAAUCUACUGGCUGAUUUGAAAACUAUGGUGGAAACUAAGAAAGUGACAAGUUCUGGAGUUCUUCUUCUUGAUAAUUAUUCUGAUAGGAUUCAGGUCCUUCAGAAUAUGGUGCACUGUGCAGAUCUGAGCAACCCAACAAAGCCUCUUCAGCUGUACCGCCAAUGGACUGACCGCAUAAUGGAGGAGUUCUUCCGCCAAGGAGACCGAGAGAGAGAGCGGGGCAUGGAGAUAAGUCCUAUGUGUGACAAGCACAAUGCAUCUGUGGAAAAAUCACAGGUGGGCUUCAUAGACUAUAUUGUUCAUCCUCUGUGGGAGACGUGGGCAGACCUCGUGCAUCCUGACGCCCAGGACAUUUUGGACACUUUGGAGGACAAUCGUGAAUGGUACCAGAGCACAAUUCCUCAGAGCCCCUCCCCAGCACCUGAUGACCAGGAGGAAGGCCGGCAGGGUCAAACGGAGAAGUUCCAGUUUGAACUAACUUUAGAGGAAGACGGCGAGUCAGACACCGAAAAGGACAGUGGAAGUCAAGUGGAAGAAGACACGAGCUGCAGUGACUCCAAGACUCUGUGUACUCAAGACUCAGAGUCGACUGAAAUUCCCCUUGAUGAACAGGUGGAAGAAGAGACGGUAGGGGAGGAAGAAGACAGCCAGCCCGAAGCCUGUGUAAUAGAAGAUCAUUCUCCUGACACGUAA